AUGUUAACUUGCUCUGACGGUGUCCGUAAUAUGAUGGACGACAGCUUAGCUCGUUUUUACCGGAAUCGACUCCGCCCCUCCACCUCAUUUGUAUCUUUUCGUAUUAUUCAUUCGACUUCUGCUUUGAGCAAGCAACCUCCUUGGGAUAGAUUAAAAUAUAGAAGGAAGUUUUUGCCACCAUACCACUCGCCGCCAAAAAUAGAAGACUCAUACUUUAGUAAAGAACAAUAUCUUUCUCUUGAGCCUCCAUUGGCACCUGGUAAAUGGGGAUCGACACCUGAACAGAUAAAAAAAGACAGCUUCAGGAAAGGCGAAAUUUUACAGGCCAUUCCGUCCACCUUUUGGAAACUUCAGGAGCUUUAUCAUCUGGAGCAAAAUUUAUGGUUUCAAAAACUUGACCUUCCUAUGCAUAUACCUGAAGCGCUGUCGUUUACGCAAUUUAUCACUCGCACAAAGUUGGUUGAUGGUUUACCAAAAUCAAAUGACAUUGAAAACAAGGAUGAAAUCUUAAAUUUAGUAAUUUGCUCAAUAAAAGACAUGCUAAAGUUGGAGACAACUACUUACAACCGACGCCAUAUUUCAUCAUUAAAUGCAGACAACUCUGGUAUUGAAGCUCGGUCUCGCAAUCGUCGUCGAUUUAUUUCUAACUUACUCGAAACUGCAUGUUCCACAAUUGCAUCAGCUUUGCCAGAUUCCACUCUUUCCACCAGACCAAUCCAAACAGAUGAAAAAUGUCUGGUCGAAACAUUUUUUAAGAAAGCUGGGUAUACCAAACUAGGCAACGAAGCAGAUGACCUCUAUGAGAGUAUAUUCCCUGAAAUAAACGAAACAGUGAAAGAUUCUGAUGGGUUUGUGCGCUACCGACUGAGGGGUGAGCUAGCAUGGGCUCUACGGACAUGUGAUCCCCUGCUCCCAUUUGUAACCAUGACUGAUUCCGCUUGCUUCGAGGGGCCAGUCCCUGUCCAUGACUAUGCUCCGGAGAUGUACGAUCUCCUACCCGUCGAUUGUUUUUCUUUCUCAUCGAUGCCGUUUUGCCGCAAUCAUUUUUCUUCCGAAUUUGCUAGAUCUGUUGCAGGUGAGUGA